AUGGGCAUGCAAAGGCUACUCUUAAUUGUUGCUCUGGCUGUCGUUAAUCGUCCCUUACACAUUUACGGAAAUUUACUUGUUGAAUCGUCCUCCAGUUCUGUACCUAAGGGUUAUCAAGUUAGGAGCUUCCGUAAGGUAGUGAACGUUAAGGAUUAUGGAGCCCGAGGUGACGGAGACUCGUACGACAACAUGGUGCUAAUCUAGGCAACAAGAUUUGAAUUUCAAGCCUCUUCUCUUACGUGUUCAUUUCCUGUUUUUGCUAAUCUUUUCUUACAAUUGUGUCUUCAGGCGUUUACGAAGGCAUGGAAGGCAGCUUGCUCUUCCUCUACACCGGUUACACUGCUCGUCCCCGCGGGAAGUACCUACCUCCUCAAACCCACGACCUUCUUUGGUCCUUGCAAGUCUGCAGUAGUUGUCACGGUGAGAUCAAUGUCCGUGGCCAGUCUGAGAUCUGUACAUUAACGUACGCACAAUAUUGUUCAAUGGUUUUCACUUCCUCAUCAAUGACAGAUCAAGGGAACAAUGCUAGCUUCAGCCAGAAUAUCGGAUUGGAAUGGAACAGACCGCAGUUACUGGAUACUCUUCAAUGGUGUUAAAAAUCUUACAGUGAAAGGAGGUGGAAUCAUCAACGGCAACGGGCAAGUGUGGUGGAAGAUAUCGUGCAAAGUCGACUCUUCACAUGUAAGAAUAGCUUAGGCCGCGUGGUUUGCCAUUAGUCUUAAAACCAUCGACAAGAUUGAUUGGCCUUACGGUUAACGGUCUUACUUUCCGAUUUCAGGAAUGCAAGGUUGCGCCGACGGUACGUUGUUUCCACUCCUUCGUGUUCGGCGUCUUCUCCUCUCAGAGAGGAGAAACUUAACUGAGUUGACAAAUUUAACCUUCAGGAUUGACCUUUUCCCUUCGACUCGUUUUAGGCGUUGACUUUCCAUUCAUGCAAUAACUUGAGGGUAAAAAAUUUGAGGUUCAAGGAUAGCCAGCAGAUGCACGUCAGCUUCUCGCAAUGCGCCAAUGUUGACGUCUCAAGUGUUACAAUAUCGGCACCAGGAACCAGUCCCAAUACUGAUGGAGUUCACGUCUCUGGCAGUAUUAACGUGAUGAUUAGUAACUCCAUCAUCCGAACAGGUUAGAGAAGAGAAACUAGACUAUUGAUGAUGUUCAAAUAUCGCCCUCAGCGUUGUACCUAGUUUCUGUUGGAAGAUCAAGCUUUGUUUUGGUUCUGGGAGAAGAUGGUCAAAUUUGAUGCGUUCUAAUCAAAUUUUUGCGCUACAUCCUAAAUUUUUUCUCUUUUAUUAUUGAAUUGUUUGAAUUAGGUGACGACUGCCUCUCCAUUGUCGGUGGCUCUCGAGCAGUCACGGCUACCAAUAUUGUCUGUGGACCAGGUCAUGGAAUCAGGUUUGUUUAUCCAUCAGCUGCUUCCAUAGCUCUCUUUCUCGCUCUCUCCCGAUCGCUCCGUUCGCUUUCUCGCUAUAUCUAUAUCCUGUUCCUCCUUCAGUCAUUGAAAUUUUUCUACAUCGGCGACAGCAUUGGAAGUCUAGGAGCCAAUGGGGCGGAAGAGACUGUCUCUGAUAUAUUGGUAGAUACAGCAAGGCUGGAAGGAACCACCAACGGAGUCCGCAUCAAAACCUGGCAGGUAAUAAUAUCUCCUGCAAUGGCACCCAUCGUUGCAUCCAUUGAAACCCUGACAAAUUUGUUUCUCCAGGGAGGAAAAGGAUAUGCUAGAAAUAUUACCUUUAAGAACAUUGUCAUGGACAGCGUGAAGAAUCCUAUAAUCAUCGACCAGAACUACUGCGACUCCACCAAGCCCUGCAGCGAAAAGGUACAAGAUACAGAGUAAAGGCGCAUCUUCUCCCUUCCUUUUCCAUCCAUCCAAAAAAAUUUGCUACUAUUUUUGUUUUUGAUAUUCUUGUUUCCAUUUUUGUAGAAAUCAGCCGUAGCUAUUAGCGGAGUGACCUACAAGAAUGUUAGAGGGACGAGCGCCACCGACGUGGCUGUUGAUUUCGAUUGCAGCCGCACCGUCCCUUGCCGUGGGAUAGUUCUGCAGGACAUAAAUCUCGUGACGGCGAAUGGAGUGUCCUCGAAAAGCGUCUGCCACAAUAUCAACUUGUCGAAGAACGGCAACUUCGUCCCAUAG